AUGGAGUACUAUGACGGGAUAGAUAUCCUUUCAGUUCACGGGGGCGGGAGGAGGAGUGGCGACGGAGGCGGCGAUUGGGACAUGGCGACGACACCUGCUCCGUCGCCGGCAAGGCCUGUCGCCGGAACACGCGCAGCCGGUCACGUUAACACCGUUGUCACAGCCCGUCGCCGUCACGAGCCGAGCCACCAUCACCAACCUUCUCCGCCGUCGGAAACGGCCUGUCGCCGCCACAAGCUCAGGCGGUCGCCAGUCGCGUUGACACCAGUGCUACAGCCCGCCGCCGUCACCAUCCCCAAACAACACAGCCCCACACACCAGCCGGAGAUUCAACACAGAACUCGACAAUUGCCGGCCUCCGCCGUCUCCCACCGCAUCUCCGCCGCUGCCGAUGUCUGUCUCAAGGUACGACUGGCAGCAACUCGCCUGAAUACGGAAUCUCGUCGAAAAUCGACAGUUUAA